GCGGUGCUCUAGAGGUGACCGGGAGGAAGCGGAAGCGGUGUGCGGGGUUCGGCGCUGUCCCCUCGGCUAUGGCCGGCAUGGCGGAGGCGGAGCGGCUGAGCGCCGAGAUCAGUCGGCGGGAGCGGGAUCUGCGCGGCCUGCGGGACCGGCUGGCCACCGUCCUGGCGGGGGGUGCCGCGGGGGACGCCGCGCACACGGAGGAGGAUGCCUCCGCCUUUCCCGCCGAGCUCCCCCCGCUGCCCGCCCAGGCCUCUCUGAGCCCCGCCGACAUCCUGCGGUACAGCCGGCAGCUGGUGCUGCCUGAGCUCGGCGUGCGGGGACAGCUGCUUCUGGCCCGCUCCUCCGUGCUCGUUGUGGGCUGCGGCGGCUUGGGCUGCCCCCUGGCCCAGUACCUGGCCGCGGCCGGUGUCGGCCGCCUGGGUCUGGUGGAUCACGACGUGGUGGAGACGAGCAACCUGCACCGGCAGGUGCUGCACGGGGAGGCCCGCCGGGGGCUGCCCAAAGCCACAUCUGCCGCGGCAGCUCUUCGGCUGCUGAACUCCACAGUGCAGUACGUGCCGUACUGCGGCGCCCUGAGCCCUCGCACCGCUCUGGACCUGGUCCGGCAGUACGAUGUAGUCGCCGACUGCUCCGACAACGUCCCCACCAGGUACUUGGUGAAUGACGCCUGUGUUCUGGCUGGGAAGCCCCUGGUGUCCGGCAGUGCCCUGCGGCUGGAGGGGCAGCUGGUCGUGUACAACUACGAGGGAGGGCCCUGUUACAGGUGUCUCUUCCCCAAGCCCCCUCCACCAGAGACAGUGACCAACUGUGCAGAUGGGGGAGUGCUGGGUGUUGUGCCAGGCAUCAUGGGGUGCAUACAGGCCUUGGAAGUGCUGAAGAUCGUCUCGGGAAUGGGUUCCUCUUUCAAUCAGUUCAUGCUGAUGUUUGAUGCCCGAGAAGGGAGAUUUCGCAACAUCAAGUUAAGACCAAAGAAACCAGACUGUGUUGUUUGUGGUGAUAAUCCAUCUGUUACCUGCCUUCAGGAUUAUGAGGCAUUUUGUGGUUCUUCAGCAACAGACAAGUGUAGGACUUUACAUCUGCUGUCUAGUAAAGACAGGAUAUCUGUAGAGCAAUACAAGAAACUGUUGGAUGAGCAAGUUCCUCAUGUAUUGCUAGAUGUUCGUCCACAGGUAGAAGUGGAUAUCUGUCGCCUGGCACACUCUGUUCACAUUCCUUUGAGCAAAUUAGAAGAAAAAGAUGAACAGUAUCUGGAACACUUAGAAAAAAGAAUUUGUGAAGAAAAGCAGAGAACUAAUGGCCAGACACCCUUUCCUGUAUAUGUUAUUUGCAAAUUAGGAAAUGAUUCCCAGAAGGCUGUAAGAAUUCUGCAGGAGUUGACUGUCAAAGUAUUUGCUUCUGUGUUAGCCAAAGAUAUUAAAGGGGGGCUCAUGGCUUGGGCCACUAAAAUUGACCCAAUGUUUCCUCAGUAUUAGAAAUAUAAAUGGUGAAAACCAGUGCAAAUGUUCCAUAGGGUUUCAUCUUCUCUGUGUCAUAACUGUAUCAUGUGGAUGACAUAGGAGAUAGAAAUGUUGUGUUGCUUUUUAAAUGGUAUUUUAAAAAUGUGUGUUUCGUCUGAUUAUUUUUAUAAAAAUGCAAAACUGUCCAUGGAAAUGGAAAGAAAAGUACUGCUUUGCUAUUGUUUAACAGUGAAAACUUGGAAUAACUGCUUAAUUGUGUGUGUGAUAAUUGAGAACAAGUCCUGAUUAGUAGUUACAACCCAGAGUGACAAAGCACAGGAGUCAAGUGCUGAAGGUUUUUACUCCUCUUUAACUGCCAAACACAUCACAACAGUGCAUGUAGUGAGCAAAACCAAAUAACUAAUUAAUGUUGAGGUCUUCAGUAGCACUAUUGAGCUCAUCAUGGGGAAUUGCCAAAACAAUGCUGAGCAGAGUGGUUUGGUCACCAUCUUUUUUCUGUAGCAGUGUUGUGUAUUUAUGAAAGAGAAGAGCUUGCUGCAGCUAUCAUCACAUACAGCAACGCUGUUCUGUGAAGAACUUUCAGAGCCACUUACCCUCACCUGCUGGCUGGCCAAAAAAAUGUGUUCUCUGACUUGUGUAGAGAAACUGUGGUUAAAUGUUAAUAAGACAUCAAGUUUGAGCCCGGAAAGUUUGUAAAACAUACAGAAAAUGCUUUUCUGAGAGCUUGGAAGAUCUAAGAGUAUGAAUUGAAGAGGUAAGAGAGAAAAAAACAGAUAUGUGGCCUCCCUUCUGCAAGUACAAAGACGUAUUUCUUAAAUGUUCUUCCUGUUAGUUGUGGUAGGUGCAUAUCUCCAGUUGCACUGCACUAUUUUGUUAACUGGCAUCAAGAGCUACACAUAUCUAAAAUGAUCUUGUAGAUAAACGUAAUGAAAAGGAGGAGAAAUAAAUAGCUUCUCAACAGA